AUGGGCCUUGCAUCUGUUCGCGUCGUCUUCUGCGUCUUGCUGCUGUUCUUACCAGUCUGUCGGGCGGCAUGGUCGCUGUGGCUCACGUCACCGUCUACCGCUGCCCCGGAAAAAGAAAAUAACGCGGCUGUCACACCGGCGCUGGAGCAUUCUGAACAUCGCGUGCAGCUGCCACAUCGUUUCUCUCUGCGGAAGAAAAAAGACACUCGUCACGAGCAGCAGGCGGCGCAUUUGUUGCAUGAAUGGGAGGAAAAGGGUCGCAUAAGCUCCUGUUGGAAGCGGGCCGUGGAGGCGCUAAAGGAGGACUGCAGUUCACUUCGCUCGGAUGACGGGGCACGCAGUCGCUUGGCAUUGGCGAUGGCCGCGUGCGAUGCUGCAGCGGACGGCGGGCGCCGUGCUUGGCCCCACUGCGUCUCUGAAACAAGAGUGCGGAGGUGCGUCGACCACCUUGACGACGCGCAGUACCUCGUGUACGUGCAGUACCGACUUCACACCGAUGUGCUGUGCCUGUACAUCCAGGAGGAGGCGUUUCAGGAACGCACGGAGAUGGCGGUGCAGGCUCUCUACGCCGGCGCAGCGGCGGCCUCAGAGACGCUAGAGGCCUUGCAGAGCUCCAGCAGUGAACUUCACUUGUCCGUGCAAAGGGCGGCGGAGCAACAGUCCAUCAACUUGGAUGAAACGCGGAACCUGAACGACCAGCUGCGGGAGCUUCGCAGUGGCCAAAGCGUGGCGUUUGAGUCGUUGCGGGGCAGCACAGAGCGCAUCGUGCGUUCUUUGGCGGAUGCGAGUCUGCAUCUGAACGAACUGCACACGACGCUUGACGAGAGCACUGCGCAGGCUGCUGCUGCUGUGCGGGACGUGGCGCGGGAGGCGACGGAGUUUCAGAAGCGUAUCGAGCUCCACGCCAGCGGGAUGCUAAAUGUACUGGAGCGAAUCGAAAUCUUCCAGCGGCGGCUCCUAGAAAAAACAAUAGGGCUGAAUGAGAUGAUGCGUGCCGCCGUCCUCCUUAUGGUGCUCCUGCUGCUUACCGUCCCCUCACGCACUGCCGCCGCACGACGGCCGUGCAUGGGUGUCGUAACCUUGGCGUAUGCGCUGCGCGCGUUUGUCCUUCCAGUCCCACGUAGUGUGGUGGGCAACAACGCGUUCUUUGCCACUGUUGUUUUCCUCUCAGGGGCAAUCCUUGUCUUUUUUGCCUGUGCCUACCGGUCUCCAGAGUACACGUUGCGGGUGCUUCUUCGGAACGAGAUACACUACGCUAUGACUGACGCCCGCCUCUUUUUUAUGGAGGACAUCCGGCAGGUGCUGGUUGAGGUGUUGGAUGCUACGCUGCAGCGACUCGACAAGAAUGAUGUGCGGCAGCGCCGGCCGAAGGAUAAUUCGCUGUUGUUCGCCGUAGAGGAGGCCAACACGAACGAGGCGCACACUCCUGUAGCUGCAGCGAAGGUUGCAGCAAAAGUGACGCACCGUCGGAGCCGCUCUCGUCUCCGCUGA